UUUUCAGCUAGUAUGGUCUAGAUUUCAACCUUUACCUUUGGGCUACUACUCAUCCUUAAUGACAUCUUUAACGAAAGGGCUACCCCUAGCGACCUUAUCGCUUUUGUAGGGUACUGGUAAAACAUCACUACGUCUCUAGUAAAUUAUAAGGAAACUAAGACUAGCAUCUUAGAAAAGCUCCUUAGAGCUACUUGUGGAAGACGUCUCCUUGAGAUGCCGGUCCAGGUCGAACAUGGCCCAGAUUUUGACUUUCAAGGUGGCGCAAUAGAUUUUACAAAUGUCGAAUUUAGCUAUGAAGGGAAGAAGGAUUCUACGUUGAACGGUCUCUAUCUCCAGAUCGCAGCAGGAACGAAAGUUUCAAUUAUCGGAAAAUCAGGAUCUAGUAAGUCGACAAUGCUAAAACUACUGCUAGGACUUCUGGAACCCAGCAGCAGGUAUAGACAAGUCAAUAACCAGAAGGUCGAAGACAUCAGCAUCUCAUCGCUUCGGUCUCACAUCAGAAUCGUUGCCCAGAAUGCGCGUCUUUUCAAUCAAAGCGUUAUGGAUAAUAUACGAUGGUUUGCCAACCAAGAUGUCACCGACGUAGAGGUUAAAAACGCUUGCCGGCGCGCGUGUAUUCAUCAAACUAUCAAGUCGCUUCCGGAUGGUUAUAGAACAAAAAUAGGAGAUGAUGGACAGUGAGUUCCCGUUCGAAAGGGGUUUCUAUCCUCAUUACUAAUUCUCUACCUUAGGAACUUAUCAGGCGGCCAAAGACAAAGAUUGUUGAUCGCACGCCUGUUCCUUCAGAACCCAGAUAUUGUAGUGUUGGACGAGGCAACGAGUGCCCUAGAUGUUGACACCAAGGCCUCUGUUCAGAAGGCCAUCCGCGAGGCAUUCCUUAACAUGACUGUGAUACAGAUUCAGAAGGAUGUUCAGUCCUAAGGCACUCACAAGUCCCUUCUACAAAUGAAUGGCCACUAUGCAGAAUUAUGGAAGCAGCAC